UCAAGAUGCCCCGGGGAAGCAGGAGCGUGGGGCCUCGGUCCACUGUGGCCAGCAGCCCGGCACCAUCUCAUGCCCACCUGCCGGCUCACCCUCCUCCUUCGGCCAUGGCAGCCCCGGCUCAGACUCAGCAGCCCGGCUUGAUGGCCCAGAUGGCCACCACUGCGGCGGGGGUGGCCGUUGGCUCCGCCGUGGGCCACGUGGUUGGCGGCGCUCUCACCGGGGCGUUCAGUGGCGGCGGCAGCUCCGAGCCGGCGAAGCCAGCCAGCACCACCCAGGAGCCCAGGCAGCAGCCGGCCUAUCAGCAGUCCCAGUAUGGACCAUGCCACUAUGAGAUGAAGCAGUUCCUGGAUUGCGCUACCAACCAGAGCGACCUGACCUUGUGCGAGGGCUUCAACGAGGCCCUGAAGCAGUGCAAGUAUAACAGCGGGGUUGCUUCCCUCUUGUGAAGAGAGUUUCCACUCUGAUGCAUCAAAAUAAGAUCCUGGAGUAGAGCCGUUGAAACCCAAAAGGACUGGAAGGG